AUGGCGAGGUCACGCUCUCGUUCGAAGGAGCGGCGACGUGCGUCACGGAGUCCGAGGAGGUCGAAAUCCCGAGAAAGGAGGGUGAGAUCCAGAUCGAGAAGUAAGGAACGCAGAGAUGCGAGGCGGGACCGACGCAGAUCGCGCUCCAGAAGUGCAACCAGACGAAGAGACCGCUCGCGCGAAAGGCGUCGGUCUCGAUCCAGAGAAAGGAAGCGUUCCAAGGAAAGGCGUCGGAGUCGAUCGAGGAGUAAGGAGAGGCGCAAGAAGGACAUGCUCGCUCCCGCAAUCGUGAUGCCGAUCGUCAAGGAAGGGGUUUCAGUUCUGGAGGAAUUCAAUUCGUUGGACAAGGAUGCGAAGCAGCAGAAAUUGGACUCGGAGAUGAAGAAAUUCCGGGAGAGAAUAGAACGGGAGAGGGCGGAGAAGAAAGUUCUCAGGAAGAAAGAAGAGGAUCUCCUUGACUCGAAUCAGAGCAAGAGGCCAUCUGCGAGCACCUACAAGCCGCCACCUGGCCUCGCCCUCAUCGACUCGGAUGAAGAAGAGGAAAAGACCUCGGAGAAGAAAGAGGCAACCAACGGAAAUUCCGAAACUCAGAACGAGACAACCGAAGAGAAGAUGGAGCAGGGCAGCGACGACGAGAUCGACCCGUUGGACGCUUUCAUGGAGGGAAUCAAGAAACAGGUCAGGACAAUAGCUAGGAGCGCGCCGGUCAAGGCGGUCGCCGCAGUGCCGAGCGCGUCUACCACUGUCAAAGGUUCCGGCCGGAAAGCCCGUGGAAAGGCUGGUGCGAAGGGUGAAGUGAUGGAACAAAAUCAGGACGGUCUCGAGUAUUCGGACGAGGGUGAAGAAGAAGACCUUCAGCAAGCCAUGGACACCUAUUCAUCAGCGACUCUCGGCAAGAUCAAGAAGCAGACGACGAUCACUUUCGACGAUAUAACUUUUCAACCUUUCCGGAAAGACUUCUACAUCGAAGUACCCGAGUUGGCUCAGAUGACACCCGCGGAAGUGGAAGCGCUGCGUGCCGAAAUGGAAGGCAUAACUGUCAAGGGGAAGAAUGUCCCAAAACCGAUUAAAACCUGGCCUCAAGCCGGUAUCAGCAAGCGAGUUCUAGAUGUUCUGAAGAAACUGAAUUUCGAGAAGCCAACACCAAUUCAAUGCCAGGCUCUCCCCGCUAUAAUGACGGGUAGAGACUUGAUUGCCAUCGCAAAAACUGGUUCUGGCAAGACAAUCGCUUUCCUCCUCCCAAUGUUCCGUCACAUAAUGGACCAGCCACCACUGGAGGCGACUGAUGGACCCAUCGGUGUUGUGUUGACUCCCACGAGGGAACUCGCCAUGCAGAUCACUAAAGAUUGCAGGAAAUUCGCCAAAGCUCUCGGUCUCAGAGUCGUGUGCGUGUACGGCGGAACGGGUAUUUCCGAGCAAAUCGCGGAGCUGAAGAGAGGGGCGGAGAUAAUUAUUUGCACCCCGGGUAGGAUGAUCGACAUGCUCGCAGCCAAUAGCGGCAGAGUCACCAACAUGCGUCGUUGUACAUAUGUAGUCUUGGAUGAAGCGGAUAGGAUGUUCGACAUGGGCUUCGAGCCUCAGGUGAUGCGUAUCAUUGACAGUGUCCGACCCGACAGGCAGACCGUUAUGUUCUCGGCAACGUUCCCUCGGCAAAUGGAAGCGCUUGCCAGGCGUAUUCUAAUAAAACCGAUCGAGAUCCUCGUCGGAGGCCGCUCGGUGGUUUGCAAGGAGGUGGAGCAAUACGUACUGAUCGUCAGCGAGGAAGACAAGUUCUUGAAGCUGCUCGAAGUUCUUGGGAAAUACGGUGCGCAGGGGAGUGCCAUAAUAUUUGUGGACAAACAGGAGCAUGCGGACGCGCUCCUCAAAGACCUCAUGACCGCGAGCUACAACUGUAGCGUUCUUCACGGGGGCAUUGAUCAGUUCGACAGAGACUCGACGAUCGUGGAUUUCAAAAAUGGGAAGUUCAAUGUGCUUGUUGCGACCUCUGUGGCCGCCCGGGGUCUCGAUGUGAAACAAUUGAUUCUUGUGGUGAACUACGACUGUCCGAAUCACUAUGAAGAUUACGUUCACCGGUGUGGGCGAACCGGACGGGCCGGGAACAAAGGUUUCGCCUAUACCUUCAUCACGCCGGAGCAAGAGAGAUAUUCUGUAGAUAUUCUCAGAGCUCUGGAAGCGUCCGAAGCCACCAUCCCCGAAGAUCUCCAAAAGCUCUACAACACCUACAAGGAGAAGAUGGAGGCCGAAGGCAAGAAAAUCAAAGGUUCCUCGGGCUUUUCCGGUAAAGGUUUCAAGUUCGAUGAGACCGAAGCGAACUUUUCGAGCGAGAAGAAGAAGUAUCAGAAAGCUAUCCUCGGAAUCAACGACUCGGACGAAGACGACGCCGAAGACGCGAUCGAGCAAGACAUCGAGACCAUGCUGGCGCCGAAGAAGAGGGUCGUCGAGACCAAGGCGCCGCCUACGGCAGCCGCAGCGGCCGCCCCGCCUCCUGCUGAGGCAGCGGAGCCGUCGGGAUCGGAACUCCCCGCGGAUCCUCUGGAAAAAGCCAAACUAUUGGCAAGUAGGAUCAACAAGCAGAUCGCCAAUAACGAACUCAAGACCGAUGAGCCUCAGGCGGUGAAGACUACCGCGCCGAACAGUAUCGCGGCCCAGAUCGCGAGGAGUAUCGCUGAACAGAGGGCUGAGAAACUGCAUCUUAAACUGAACUACACCCCCUCGGGCGAACCUGAUCCCUUGCUAGCGGGAGACCAGACGUACGACAAAUUCGAAGAAGAACUCGAAAUCAACGACUUCCCUCAGCAAGCUCGCUGGAAGGUUACAUCGAAAGAGGCGAUCGCGCAGAUCGCCGAAUAUUCUGAGGCGGGUCUCACAGUUCGAGGCACUUACUAUCCCCCUGGGAAGGAAGUUCCUGAAGGAGAACGGAAGCUUUUCAUCGCUAUCGAGUCCCACGAUGAGAUGUCGGUGAAGAAAGCCCGGACUGAGAUAGUUCGUUUAAUCAAGGAGGAACUCGUCAAGCUGCAGCAUUCGUACCAGCCUAUGAAUAGAGGACGGUAUAAAGUACUGUGAAUGGGAGUCGGGAGAACCCCCGCCAGAAUGGUGCCUGUACAUAAAUAAAUGGGCUCAUCCGGAUCGGAGCGUCGAUCACAGAUGAACG